UGCCGCUCCGACGAUUUCACCAGAAGAAGCCGAGCCGGUGGCUGGGAAGGCAAGAUGUCGGCAUAGCUGAUUGACGUUGAUAUACGGCUGUGUCACAUCGAGCCAGCUCAAUCCACCGGCGUUCUACUCUCGAAGAUCGCGGUUGCACCCUAGCGAAGAAGGAUUUCGGAUCGCUCCCGUUCGCGUUCCGCGCCCGCCCGGAGAGGGCGCUUUGACAGCUGUCAUCGAGCUUUCUCGUUUCUCGGGCGGCCGUGGGACGAGUCGAGGAAAUUUUUUAUUUAUAUCACACACGACGAUGUUCCCGUAGAGUGCGACCGGCUGUGUACGUGCGUGACGAAACGAUACGAAAACACGACGACAGAAUGGCGAACGAGGAGGUUUUGGGGCCGCGGAAGACGAUGUUCGUUCUAGUGAUUGUUGUGGGGUGUUUCGCGGUGCUGUGGCCUCGGAUCCUGUCGCCCCUGAUGCUGGGCCAGGGGCAGCUGAAGCCGAACCAGUUCGACCGGGACGCAGGAUGCUGCGAAGUCAUCUUCGAGUCUGAAAUGGCUGUCCUCGAGUUAGUAAACGAAGUAUGCAGUUCAGCCGUCGGGAAAGACGGUCUCCUAUCACCAUAUGCCGCAGCCGAAUGCCGGAGAACGGUUAAUGAAACCUGUGGUUUAGACAUCGCUGCGUUCCUGAAGAGAACUGACAACGUUGGGAAGUCUACCAAGGUGUUAUUGAAUACGAUGAAAGAGAGCAAUAGUUCGUGCUUGAAGGAGCAUUUUGGAGUCCCAGUGUGGAGUCUUGGCGCGCAUACGGCGUUGAAUUCUUGGGCGAUACAGGAUGACAGCGUGAAGCAGGAGCGCUCACCAAUCCUCGGCGCCGGGCCGCACCCCGCGCUGCGCGAGCGCGGCCGCGCCAUCCCGCCCGGCGCGCCCACGCCCCCGUCUCGCGGGCCGGUGCCCAUGCCCCCCCACGCAAGGGUACGGUCCCCACUGUCUGUAUACUUUGACGUGGAUAUCAAGCCUCCACCGAUCCCGGGCAUGCGGCCGCCGUUGGGCUCCCCUGGCGGGCCCGUACCGGCCCCCAAGUCCUCCAUGGGCUUCGUGAUGCCAAUCUACACCAUCUGUAUCAUCGUCUUCUUCGUGUAUACGCUGAGCAAGAUACUGUUCAAGAGAACCGGCUCCAUUCCCUAUGAGCACGUGUCUCCCGAUCCUCAGUUCCGUCGCCGAGUCUUCAGGGAUGACUCCAGGACCUCACCUGAUUCUAAACUGGGACCUAAAGAAAGGGACGCAAGGGACGUGGAGUUAGAAGCGCUAAGGGCGCGGCUCGAAGAGACCGAGCGGGCCAUGCAAAGGAUCGUCGGACAACUCGCCAAGCGAGACGCGGAAUCUCAAGAAAACCACACACGGCCAUACACAAAUGGUUCCGUCCACAGCUCGCCUAUUAUCAUAGCUAGCGAAUACGUCGAAAACAAGGAGAAGACUCCUGAACCGGAAAUUGAACCGAAAGAAUCGAGUGUUGAAAAAGAGGCAUCCCCAGAACCUAUAGAAAAAGAGGCAUCACGUGAACCGAGUUUAGUAAAAGAGGGAUCACUUGAACCAGAAGAAUUAAGCCCAGAAAAAGAAGCCACUCCUGAACCUGAACUUAAAGAACCAACCCCAGAAAAAGAGGCAGAACUUGAACUUAAAGAUUUAACCCCUGAAAAAGAACCCACUCCAGAACUAGAAUCUGAAGAAGAAUCACUAGAAAAAGACUCAGAACGAAUCCAUCUUGAAGAAGACUUGCUAAAACUGUCAGAAGACAUUAAGGAAAAGAAGGAUAACUUAGCGAAGUCCACGAAAGACUUUUUGAAUGAGGCCAGGGAAAACGCUGAGAAGACUGUUGAGCUGCUGAAGGAGGCUUUGAAAGAAGAUUCUCCAGUGGAAGAGGAGGAAGAGGUGGAUCCUGAUAAAGAAGUCAGCGUUAAGGUGGUGGGCAUGGAGCUGACAGCGCACACGUCGGGCCGCGCGCCCGCUCCGCUGUCCGCUCCAGUCUCCGCUACCGCGCCCGCCGCCGCGCCCGCCAAAUCGCACGAAGCCGAAGAGGUGAAGUCGAUAUUCCUGGAGACCCACAUCCCACAGCAAUCCCGGGUGCUGGUGGCAGAUUUCGAGGACAGAGCCAAGCCGCAUAAGAAACAUGAGCCGACGGUGGUAAGCGGCAAAAUGACGCUGUCCCUAAUUCAAGACGCGCCACAGGAGGAAGAUUUGCCCGAAAUCGACCCAGACUCAACGAUGGAUGACUUCACCACAGCUAGCGCCAUGACCCAGCCGGUUGCAGAGAAAGAGGGGGAAUCGUCAGGCGAGGAGAUCGAGGAAGAAAUAGAAAUAGAAGAGAUCGAGGAAGAAGAAGAAGAUGAACAGGAACAGAAAGAAGGAGAGGAACAGAAAGAGCAGAAAUGAACUGAUUUACUCUAGCCGUCGGAACUAUCUGAUUUCAACUUUGUAAAGUCAACCAAUGAGGAGGCACACUCAAAGGUUAUGGCCAGAUGGCGCCACCUUAAUAGUCCAUUGUACAGAUAAAGAAUUUCAUACAUGAGAGCGAGAUGAUAUUUUUUUCUCUCUCACAUAUGAAUGACAG